UCCCAACACAAGCAGUAGAGCUUAUAUUCCUAGUUAUUGUUUACCAAUUGUGAAGACUUUGUUUUUCAAUUCAUUGAUAAUGAUGAGUACUAUUAUGGCUUUGAACCCUUUUACUGUCUUCACAUAUUUGACCCUUUUCUCUCUUCUGACCAUUUCUUGUUCUUGCUUCAAUCCAAAAAUUCUCAACGUAUCAAAAACUGAAUCAGAUUCCAACUGGUCCCCAGCUGGAGCUACUUGGUAUGGAAGCCCUAAUGGUGCAGGAAGUGAUGGUGGAGCUUGUGGGUAUACUAAUGCCGUGGACCAACCACCAUUCUCCUCCCUAAUAGCCGCUGCUGGACCUUCUCUAUUCAAAUCAGGCAAGGGUUGUGGUGCUUGCUUUCAGGUAAAGUGCACGGAAAACAAAGCAUGCUCAGGAAAGCCAGUGAGGGUUGUAAUAACAGAUUCGUGUCCUGGAGGACCUUGUCUAUCAGAAUCAGCACAUUUUGAUUUGAGUGGCACUUCUUUUGGAGCUAUGGCUGUUUCUGGACAAGCUGAUCAAUUACGUAACGCUGGUGUUCUUCAAAUUCAAUACAAAAGAGUGGAGUGCAACUAUCCCGGAGUAAAAUUGACAUUCCACGUAGACUCAGGUUCAAAUUCCAACUAUUUCGCAGCACUAGUAGAGUACGAAGACGGGGAUGGAGACCUAAGUAGGGUUGAUUUGAAGCAGGCAUUAGAUUCAGAAUCAUGGCAACCAAUGCAACAGUCAUGGGGUGCUGUGUGGAAGCUCAAUUCUGGGUCUUCCCUAGUAGCACCUUUUUCUCUCAAACUUACAGGGGAAUCUGGCCAGACUGUGGUGGCUAACGGCGUUAUUCCGGCCGGUUGGCAGCCCGGAAAAACUUAUCGAUCAGUUGUCAAUUUUAAAGUCUAGCUUAAUGUUAAAGUAUAAAGUAUAUGUUUUAACAAUUUACUGCAUGCAGUACAAGUCAAUUUGGUAGACUUUGUUAUGCUGUCAAAGUCAAAA